CUGAGCAAGCAUCAGUCCCAAACCAAAACCCGCUGCCUCACAUCGUGCCCCGCAGUCGCAAGACCAUGUCCUUAGCGGAAGGCGUGUCAGACACCGACCACAGGCCCGAGACGCGGGAAGACAAGAACGGGAAGAAGAAGGAAGUUAGACGGGGGCAGAUGUCAGACUCGUUCAUGUGGAAGGAGCAAAUCCACACAUUAAUGAAGGGCGGAGAGAGCGAGUCCGACAUAUCGGACUCUGAAAACUUCCUCACCAAAGGCGCGUUCCUUCUCACUCCCUCCCACGGGCUCAGCAUGGAAAAGGCGUCCACAAUCUGCGAGAAGAUGGAGUUCAAAGGCUGCUUCUCGCUUACGAAGACGGCGACGGGAAUUCUAUUCAAGUUCUCCCAUGUGGAUGAUUACCAGAUGGUGUUCAAGAAGGGAUUCCAUAAGGUCACGGGUUCCAGGUUCUAUAGGAAGAUCGCAAUCCCCUGCCGCCCUCAGAAGACAUUCACAAUCUACGUGUACGACAUCCCGGAUGAGGUGCCAGAAGAGGACGUCCGCCACGCGCUGUACAAGUUCACGUCCGUCGUGGAAGUGCUGCGGCUGCACUUCUCAGGGUCUCCAAGAGAAGGCACGUUCACUCCCAAGCCACAUGACAAACAGUCACGAGCGCUCACCACCAUCGACGGGGAACUUGUCAGCAGCAUGGUGCCAAAGGAAGCAACAAGCGUGCUCCGUGUGACACUGGCCAAUAUUGAAGAAGCUAACAUCCUGCUGCAGAACGGCCUAGACUUCUAUGGCGCCACCUACUUCCCCACAGAGCUGGCCACUCCCGCGCAGGCCGCUAAGCUCAUCAAACCUAGCAGGGUAACAGGAGGAACGGUCUCAGCUCGCGUCCGCGAUCUCCUCCCAGUCUUUGACCAGGCUGGAUUCACCAAGUUCAACCCCCCAGCCUCCCGCCUCGUCAAACCCAGGUCCAAUAAGUAAACAGAAAACCAACAGGGGCAAAACAUACCGACGAAAGCUAAAUAGAUCUGAGUUUUAUCUGAGAGAUAUGUUCAAAGUUUUCGAAUCGGUUCAUGGUCAGAUGCAAAUGGGCAUCGACCUACAUAAUUAUAACUUUAUUCGUUUGUUCGUCUAUUUGCCUGAGUCAUGACUUGUGUGUGCAAUGCUUAGGCCCUCAGAUCUCGGAUUUUCAUAGACAUGUCUGUCAACGUCCAAAAUAUCUCCAUACUCUGCAACUUUUGGACGAGGCAAGUUUAAAUGCUUCAGUCCGUGAUGUCUUGCCCCGCUUUUCAUCAAGACUUCAUCGGGACAUCUUCAACUGGGACAUUCAUCAAGACUUCAUCAACAUCGUGACAUUUUUCAUCAAGACAUCAUUCUGAAUAACCAAAAGAAUAAUCAAUUGUCUCAAGAUCUCUAAACAUUAACAUAAAUUACGCAACUAUAAUGCUGCCUUUGGAAAUCGUCACUCAUCUUAUCAUGAUCAUCAUCAUCUGUUUCAUUCAUUAGUAUUUUAUUUACUAAAAUAAUUUAUUAUUACAGCUUAUGAAGAUCUGGGACAGCACACACGAAAGUAACAACUAAAACGUAACAGCACUAAUUGUAAAUACAAUACAACGCAAUACAAUCCAAUACAAUACAAUGCACACUAAACACAGACAACUAAUUAAACUCCGCUCUUGUCGAAUUCAGAAUAACAAAACACUAUCAAUAAUAGAAGACUGGUGUAUUUGCUAUUAAACAGUCUUAGGCACCUUUUUGUAUACAAGUGCCAAUUCCGUUUUAUUGUAAUAAUCGGUUAGGCCUCGCAUAAAAUAUAGGUAUCAUAAAGUAAGAAAAAGCAAGGCACACAACAAAAUGAUGCUUACGUGCUUACGCGACAUGAAAAUGUCGACGCCAUUUUAAAUCUUUAUCCCAUUUUUAUCUGCGUGUGUUUGCGAGGCCUAUAUUCACUGUUAUAAUAAAGUAAUAUUUUAUAUUAUCAGCUUCGUUAAGCAGAGCUUUGGACAGGUCAUACCGAACUGCAUUUAUGGUUAUACUGUAGAUUUAAUACUCACUAAUGUGCCAUUGACGUUACUUAAUAGUUAUAUUAUUUUGUUAAUAAAUUUUAUAACA